UAGACUUAAUUAAUAAUUUUCAGAUACUGGACAAAUUUCGUCCUUUUUCUAAAGCAGAUUUUCUGGAACAGCAUGCGAUUCUCUACAAAUUCACAUUACUUUAACCUUUACUAACAUGUUUAGAGCCCUGAAUAACGAAUAUUUCUCGAUGUCACAACUUUCCCAUGCAAAGUAGUGCUUUCCAUCAAAAUUAAGACUUAUAAUGCGCUUUAUUUACCGUUAAAGAAUUACUAAGAAACUUUCUAAAGUAGGGAGGUCGAUAGAAUUUUGCACGGCCUACUUUCUUAUCUAUUUGGCUUUCCAGAAAACGUUUUCUUCAGACUCUAGUAAAAAAAUAAAGAAAAAAAGUAUGUUACAAGAGUUUUUUUAGCGACAUUUAGUAUCGUACUUUUUUCUUCCUCAAGGCCAAUUAAAAAAAUCUUGUUUUCUAUGUUUUUUGAAGUUCAGGCUUUGCUCUUUCAGUCAGAAAAAGAAUGAACUUUCUGCGAUGUUCCUGAGCGGAGAACCAUGGCUGAAGAUUUCCACAGUUACUUUUGCAUCGUAGGUUAUCUGUCUUCUCAUUCUAUACAUUGUUUUUGACUAUGAUGUUUUUCUCUAAUCUUUUCAUUUACAUGUGUAUAGUUUAACGUUUCAUAUUAAUUUGUUUUCUUUGGUAGACAACGACAAACGCAGUUAAGUACUCCAUCUUCAAUUCCAUUUUUAUAUCCAACAGGAACCGAUCAACAAGAAACUGGAAGUAAUCAUUCACCACCUUUAACACGAGAUCCACCCGUUGCACUAGAAUUGAUGACAUUACCAACAGCUCCAACACCUAGUACAUCAUCAUCAUUAUUGGGAACAGCACCUAGAAAAAAACUUGUCGGUGCAUUUAAUCUAUUUCCAUUACCAAAAUGGAAUAUUAAAGAUCAGGAUUGUGACGAUGAUUUAAAAUUUUUAUUUAUGGCUGUUGAUAUUCCUCAAUCAGCCUCAAUAUUUUCAUCUGACAUUAUCUUCUCUUCACCUUCACGCACACAAACGAUUAUACCCAACCGAAAUGCGAAGAAGACGUCCAUUUCCUCUCUUUCACCAAAUAAACAACACACGCCCGUACUGACAGUGAAAAUGAUUGAAAAACGUUUAAAUCAUUUACGUCAAGAAUUAGUUUUAUUACAAAAUGGAAAACAUACGAAAUAUACCAAACGUUUGACAAAAUUGUUACAAGCACAUGAAAAACAAGUUGAUAAUCUUCAAUAUUGGCGUCAUAUUCGUCACACAAUGAUCGAUUCUACAUGCAAUUCGGAACUUCGUCAAACUAAUUUAGAUUUUGAUGAAAAAAAACUUGAAGUUAAAUCAAAAUUAUUAACAUCAUAUCAUGAUCGACGUCGUAUUGUUGAAUAUGAACAUUUACAUCUUGAUAUUCGUGAUGAUAAUCUAUUUGAAUAUGAUAUUGGUGAUCAGAAUGGUACCACUGGACUACAUGGAGAAUGUCAACAACGAAUCUCAUAUAAUUUACGUCGUCAACAACAACCUGAACAACUAAUUGCUCCUCCGUUUACCUCAUCACCGAAUGAAGGAUCACUCGUACUCUAUCCACCACCAUUACCUGAAUCUGUUCGUCCAACAUCGAUGACAUUAAUUACAACUCGGGGAAAUCUAUUACCAUUAUUACCAACAAAAAUAUUGUCAAUCGAACAAAAAUACGGUGAUAAAUUUUCCACAAUAUUGAAUUUGAAUGAUAUUGAUUGUGAUAUUAAAAAAAUUCGACCAUUGCUAACAGCACAAUGUCCUUCUCCAUCGUCUUCUGCUCCUGAAUGUUCAUUACCAACACAAAAUGGACGUUUGUCAAACGUUAAUAUAUCGAAUUCUCCAAAUGUUCCAGACAUGAAAAUUGAAGAUGGUCGUCUAUGGUACAAUCGUCAAUGGUUUUCUCGUGGUAAUCCAAUUUUAAUUUUAUUUAAUGAUGAUGAAGCCGAAGAAAUUAUUACGGGCGUUAUUCUAUCGAUUGGUAGAAAUGAUCUACUUAUAAGACGUUCAGGAACAAAUGUCAAACAUAGAAUUAGUAUACAUCAGUUAUAUGAUGGACAAUUAAAAAUUAAAAAAAGAAGAUAA